CUGUUUGCCUUCUCCCUCUGAGCAGACAGGUACUGUUUCUGGCUGCGCAGGAAGUUUCUCCCAUUCCGACUCUUCGCUGUAGGGGGAUACAACAGACUGAGUUUCAAUAGGCCAGGUAGUGUCUCUUCAUUCUUCUAAUGGGCUGUCUGUUGUUGACUAUCGUAGUCUACGAUAUCACUGACUGUACAGCGCUAAGCAGCAGGCAGACAUAGUGGCUGUAACCCUGGCUGUUAGUGGUAAACAGCCAGGUAGUUUUGUGGGGGAAGAUGGUGCAGAGUGACUGACUGUGGAUUUGGACUGGAUGCUGGACUGAGUGAGUUGGCGUGAAUACAGACAGACAUGGAGUUCCUAAGGAGUCUGGUCCCGGCCGCCAUAUCGUGGGACGGGGGGGCAUUGGAGUCUGGGGGAGGGUUGCCCCGGGAGACAGGCCCCCGUCUGCUGAGGAUGAAGCGCCUGGGCCUGCAGGCCAUGGGCCAGACCAUCGAGGAGGACCAGGAGGGUCUGGUGAAUACCUCCACCACCAGGCCCGUCCGCUCCAACCGGACCAACCGCAUCAAAGCCUCGGCCCCAGUCAACAGUGUGAGUAGACGCUGCGCCCCCUCCGUGGCCCCCCUGUCGUGGGAGAAACGAAACGUCGCCGCCAUGUCGAGCAUCACCAUCGACCCCGAACUCAAGCCCGGGGAGUUUGUCAUCAAGAGCCUGUUGGCUGAGUUUGCUGUGCUGGCUGAGAAGAAGAUUGAGGUGGUGAUGGCUGAACCGCUGGAGAAACUGUUGUCGCGAUCCCUCCAAAGAGGGGAAGAUGCGCAAUUUGAUCAGUUAAUAAGCUCUAUGAGCUCCAUAGCGGAACACUGUUUGCCCUCCCUGCUGCGCACACUGUUUGACUGGUACCGGCGGCAGAGUGGCACCGAGGAUGAGUCCUAUGAGUACAGGCCUCGCUCCAGCACCAAGUCCAAAGGGGAUGAACAGCAUCGGGAUAAAGACUACCUAUUGGAGCGGAGGGAUUUGGCCAUAGAUUUCAUUUUCUGUUUAGUUUCAGUAGAAGUUUUAAAACAGAUUCCUCUUCAUCCCGUGCCAGACGCUUUAGUACAUGAAGUUCUGAACCUGGCAUUCAAGCACUUUAAACACAAAGAGGGGUACUCCGGCCCCAACACUGUCAAUGUGCACAUCAUAGCAGACCUGUAUGCGGAGGUCAUCGGAGUUCUCACACAGUCAAAGUUCCAGGCGGUGCGUAAGAAGUUCAUCACGGAGCUGAAGGAGCUGAGGCAGAAGGAGCAGAGCCCCUACGUGGUCCAGAGCAUCAUCAGCCUCAUCAUGGGCAUGAAGUUCUUCAGGGUCAAGAUGUACCCCGUGGAGGACUUCGAGGCCUCCUUCCAGUUCAUGCAGGAAUGUGCCCAGUAUUUCCUGGAGGUGAAGGAUAAGGACAUAAAGCAUGCAUUGGCUGGCCUCUUUGUUGAGAUCCUCAUCCCUGUUGCUGCUGCGGUGAAGAAUGAAGUCAACGUGCCGUGCCUCAAGAACUUUGUGGAGAUGCUCUACCAGACAACCUUUGACCUUAGCUCCAGGAAGAAGCACUCUUUGGCUCUGUAUCCUCUGGUGACGUGCCUGCUGUGUGUCAGUCAGAAGCAGUUCUUCCUCAAUAACUGGCACAUCUUCCUCACAAACUGCCUCUCGCACCUGAAGAACAAAGACCCCAAAAUGUCCCGUGUGGCGCUGGAGUCCCUCUAUAGACUGCUGUGGGUCUACAUCAUCAGGAUCAAGUGUGAGAGCAACACCGUCACGCAGAGCCGGCUGCUCAGCAUCGUUUCAGCACUUUUCCCCAAAGGUUCCCGUAGUGUGGUGCCGAGGGACACGCCCCUCAACAUCUUCGUCAAGAUCAUCCAGUUCAUAGCUCAGGAAAGGCUUGACUUUGCUAUGAAGGAGAUCAUUUAUGACCUCCUGUGUGUGGGGAAAUCUCACAAGACCUUCACCAUCAAUCCAGAGAGGAUGAAUAUUGGCCUGAGGGCCUUCCUUGUGAUAGCUGACAGUCUGCAGCAGAAGGACGGGGAGCCGCCCAUGCCCACCACAGGGGUCAUCAUGCCCUCAGGAAACACUCUGCGGGUCAAAAAGAUCUUCCUCGCCACCACCCUCACUGACGAGGAGGCCAAGGUCAUCGGCAUGUCACUGUACUACCCAGCGGUGAGAAAGGCCCUGGACAACAUUCUGCGUCACUUGGACAAGGAGGUGGGGCGCUCCAUGAGCAUGACCAACGUCCAGAUGUCCAAUAAGGAGCCUGAGGACAUGAUUACGGGGGAGAGGAAGCCGAAGAUCGAUCUGUUCCGUACGUGUGUGGCGGCCAUCCCCAGGCUGAUCCCGGACGGCAUGAGCAGACAGGACCUGAUUGAGCUGCUGGCUAAGCUGACCAUCCACAUGGACGAGGAGCUGCGCGGCCUGGCCUUCACCACCCUGCAAGCCCUGAUGGUGGACUUCCCAGAGUGGAGGGAGGACGUGCUCUCUGGCUUCGUCUACUUCGUGGUGCGCGAGGUCACCGACGUCCACCCCACGCUGCUAGACAACGCCGUCAAGAUGCUGCUGCAGCUCAUCAGCCAGUGGAGGCAGACCGUCCAGACCAGCAACAAGACCCACGAGGCACAGCAGGGCCCUGGAAGCGGGCCGUCUCUGCCCCUGGAGCGCUCUCCUCUGUGGGGGGUGCUGCACGUGGCGGAGGGCCUGGCACUGGUGGUUCUGUGCAGCUGCCGCCCCGCCACGCGCAGGCUGGCUGUUAAUAUCCUCAAAGAGGUCCGAGCCCUGCACACCGCUCUGGGCAUCGCCAAGGGAGAUGAGGAGUUGGCCAUAGAUGUGAUGGACAGGCUAAGUGCAUCUGUGCUGGAGAGCUUCAUCCAUCUCACAGGAGCUGACCAGACCAACCUGCUAUAUUGUCCCAGUGGUAUUGACCUGCAGACGCUGGCAGAAUGGAACUCGUCUCCCAUCAGCCACCAGUUUGACGUGAUCAGCCCGUCACACAUCUGGGUGUUUGCCCACGUGACGCAGGGCCAGGACCCCUGGGUCAUCAGCCUGUCCAGCUACCUGCGCCAGGAGCACCUGCCCAAGCACUGCCCCACCGCACUCAACUACGCCGGGAUGUUCGCCUACACCCGCCUGCAGCUGCUCUCUCCCCAAGUGGACAUCAACAGCCCUAUAAAUGCUAAGAAGCUGAACAGCCUGAGCAGCAGUAGUGACUCGUACGUGGGGCUGUGGAGGAACUACCUGAUCCUCUGUUGUAGCUCCGCCACUUCCUCCCCCAACUCCUCCUCCUCUGGCUCCGUCCGCUGCUCCCCGCCUGAGACGCUGGCGUCCACGCCGGACAGUGGCUACAGCUACGACUCUAAGAUUAUUGGCACUCCGUCCCCCUCAUCCCUGUUCAAACACGUUGUUCCGAUGAUGCGCUCUGAGAGCAUGGACAUCACAGAGUCACUCGUCCUGGGGCUUGGCAGGACCAACCCCGCGGCCUUCAGAGAUCUGAUAGAGGAACUGAACCCCAUCAUUAAGGAGGCUCUGGAGAGGAGACCUGAGAACAUGAAGCGACGUAGGCGUCGCGACAUCCUGAGGGUCCAGCUGGUCCGGAUCUUUGAGCUUCUGGCCGACGCUGGCGUCGUCAGUCAGACGGGGAGUGGCGGUCUGGACGGGGAGAGUCACUCUCUGAACUCGACACUGUUGGAAUAUGUGGAUCUGACGAGACAGCUGCUGGAGGCUGAGAACGACAAAGACUCAGACACACUGAAGGACAUCCGCUGCCACUUCAGCGCUCUGGUGGCCAACAUCAUUCAGAACGUCCCAGUGCACCAGAGGAGGACCAUCUUCCCCCAGCAGUCUCUGAGACACAGUCUGUUCAUGUUGUUCAGCCACUGGGCUGGGCCCUUCAGCAUCAUGUUCACCCCACUGGACCGGUACAGCGACCGCAACAUGCAGAUCAACCGACACCAGUACUGUGCUCUCAAGGCCAUGUCGGCAGUAUUGUGCUGUGGUCCAGUGGCUGAUAACGUUGGCCUCUCCUCUGAUGGUUAUCUCUACAAGUGGCUGGACAACAUCCUGGACUCUCAGGACAGGAAGGUGCACCAGUUGGGCUGUGAGGCGGUGAUGCUGCUGUUGGAGCUGAACCCAGACCAGAGUAACCUGAUGUUCUGGGCUGUGGACCGCUGUUACACUGGCUCACGCCACGUGGCUGCCGGCUGCUUCAGGGCCAUCGCCAACGUCUUUCACAACAGGGAUUACCAGUUUGACACUGUGGUGCUGCUGAAUCUGAUCUUGUUCAAGUCGGCUGAUUCAUCCAGAGAUAUCUAUGAGGUGGCCAUGCAGCUGCUGCAGAUCUUGGAGCCCAAGUUCUUCCGUUACGCUCACAAACUGGAGAUCCAGAGAACAGAUGGGAUCCUGAGCCCUCCCUCCCCGCUGCCACACCUCUACUCUGUCUCCUACUACCAGCUGUCUGAGGAGCUGGCCAGGACAUACCCAGAGCUCACCCUGCCCAUCUUCUCAGAGGUGAGCCAGCGUAUCCAGACAGCACACCCUGGUGGUCGCCAGGUGAUGCUGCACUACCUCCUGCCCUGGAUGAACAACGUGGAGCUGGUGGACUUCAAGCCGUCGCCACGGCGACAGGAACCCCCAGUCUGUGAGGAGGAGGAGGAGGAGGAGGCCCACGAGCGCGACAUGAUGAUGGUCAACAGCCGGCGCUGGCUCAGAGGGGAGGGCUGGGGCUCCCCGCACGCCACCACCAUGGUGCUCAACAACCUCAUGUUCAUGACCGCCAAGUACGGGGAUGAGUUUGCGUGGUCAGAGAUAGAGAACGUGUGGACCACCCUGGCCGACAGCUGGCCAAAGAACCUGAAGAUCAUCCUGCACUUCCUCAUCAGCAUGUCAGGGGUCAACAGUGAGCCCAGCCUCCUGCCCUAUGUGAAGCGGGUGGUGGUGUACCUGGGCAGGGAUAAGACUAUGCAGCUGCUGGAGGAGCUGAUGUGUGAGCUGGACCUGACAGACCCAGUGAGCUCUGCUGUCACUCACAUGGACAACCCUCCCUACUACCGCAUCACCUCCAGCUACAAGAUCCCCUCCGUCACCUCAGCAGGAACCACCUCCAGCAGUAACACCAUGGUGCCAGGAACCGACGGUCACCAUGACAGCAGCAAGAAUAAAGACUCCAACAUGGAUGACAGUUCCACCCAUCUGGACAUCUACAGUGGUCUGAACAGCAACCUGAACCGUCAGCACCACCGCCUGGAGUCUCGCUACAGCAGCAGCUCUGGAGGAUCCUAUGAGGAGGAGAAGAGUGACUCCAUGCCGCUGUAUGCUAACUGGCGUCUGAAGGUGAUGGACCACAACCGUCCCGAGCCCCUCCCUUUCCCUCCCACAGGGGGCUGCUGGUCCCCUCUGGUGGACUACCUGCCAGAGACCAACACCCCUGGAGUACCCCUCCACAGGUGUAACAUAGCUGUCAUCCUACUGACUGACCUUAUAGUGGACCAUGGGGUCAAAGUGGAGUGGAGCGCCUACCUUCACCUCCUGCUGCACUCCAUCUUCAUAGGGUUGGACCACCAGCACCCUGAGGUCUACGAGCACUGCAAACGCCUCCUGCUUCACCUGCUGGUCGUCCAGGGAACCAACAGCGGCGUCCAAUCCCUGGCCUCCGUGCUGCUGCGCAACCGAGAGUACAACGACCCCAAGGUGCUGACCGUGAAGCCACCGCCCCACGAGUUCAACCUCACAGGAGUGUGUGACUUUGUGCCAGACUACCAGCCGUCUCCCAUGACAGACUCAGGCCUGAGCUCCAGCUCCACGUCGUCCAGCAUCAGCCUGGGUGCAGGAGUCGUCCCCCUGCCCCACCUCACCCCCACCCUGAUCAACGGGUUGGACGUCACCGCAGAGCAGUACGAGAAGGUCAAAGCCCUCAUCGAGUUUGUCACCUCCAGAAAGCGGGGGCCCCUGUGGAACCAUGAGGACGUGUCACCCAAGAACCCCAACAUAAAGAGUGCUGACCAGCUGAGCGUGUUCCUCCGACAUGUAGUGACGGUCUUCAAACAGUCCCAGUCAGGUUUCCAACUGGAGCAGUUGCUGAGUGAGGUCGCCCUGCAGACUGCUCUGUCCUGCUCGUCUCGUCACUACGCAGGACGCUCCUUCCAGAUCUUCAGGGCUCUCAAACAACCCCUCACAGCCGCCACGCUUUCUGAUGUCCUCUCACGCCUCGUAGAGACAGUGGGCGACCCGGGAGAGGAGGCGCAGGGUUUUGUUAUCGAGCUGCUGCUGACUCUGGAGUCAGGGAUCGACACGCUCGCUGACACCGUCAAGAACUAUGACCUCCUCACUGCUUUGGCACAGCCCUCUGCCCAUGAGCACCUGCUGGGGGCCAAGUUUGCAGCUAAAAGGAAGAGCACGGGCCAGCUGAAUCUGAGUAGCGGUGGUCUUUUCCACCAAGGCCACUACCCCCACAGCCACACCCGCAGCAACUCCCUCCGCGCCAGCCUCGUGGGUGAACGUAAGGGAGACCGCCGCCGCAGUAACACCCUAGACAUCGCCGACCGGCUGGCCGGUAGCCACGGCAACCUAGCCCGAACGCAGAGCUUGUCGUCGUUGCGGGAGGGUGGCAGAGGGGGUCCUGGGGAGGAGGCCAUCCCUCCUGUGGACCCAUCCAACCUGAUGGCCACGGUGUUCUGGAUAGCGGCAUCCCUCCUGGAGUCGGACUAUGAGUUUGAGUACCUGCUGGCCCUGCGGCUGCUCAACAAGCUACUGGGCCAGCUGCCCCUGGAGAACGCAGACAGCAGGGAGAGACUAGAGAGGGUGCAGGCCAAGCUGAAAUGGUACAGCUUCCCUGGUCUGCUGCAGCUCUUCCUCAAGGGCUUCACCUCAGCCUCCACCCAGGAGCUCACCAUCCACCUGCUAAGCAAGCUCAUCAGCGUCUCCCGCCACACCCUGGUCGACCCCUCCCAGGUGGCAGGUUUUCCUCUAAACAUCCUGUGCCUGCUGCCUCACCUCAUCCAGCACUUUGACAGCCCCACUCCGUUCUGCAAGGAGACGGCGGAUAAGAUAGCCAAGGUGUGUGCCGAGGAGAAGUCCGCCACGCUGUCUAACCUGGCCCACAUGAUGAGCCUGUACAGCGCACACAGCUACUCCAGAGACUGCGCCAACUGGAUCAACGUGGUGUGUCGUUACCUGCACGACGCCUUCGCUGAGAUCACGUUCAGUCUGGUCACAUAUCUGGCCGAGUUGCUGGAGAAAGGCCUACCCAGCAUGCAGCAGUCCCUGCUGCAGAUCAUCUACAGCCUGCUGAGUCACAUUGACCUGUCUGCUGCGCCCGUUAAACAGUUCAACCUGGAGAUCAUGAAGAUCAUCGGCAAAUAUGUCCAGAGCCCGUACUGGAAGGAGGCCCAGAACAUCCUGAAGCUGGUGGUGUCUCGGUCGGCCAGCCUGGUGUUGCCAGACGAGGUGCAGCGCUCCUACAGCUCCGAGUCCUCUGGAUCCCCAGAGAUGGCCUUCACUCGCAUCUUCAACAACUCCUCUAAGGAGCUACCCGGCAAGACGCUGGACUUCCACUUCGACAUCUCAGAGACGCCCAUCAUAGGGCAUAAGUACGGGGACCAGCGCACAACUGUAGGGCGGAAUGGGAAACCGCAAGUCAUCGCUGUGACCCGGAGCACGUCCUCCACUUCCUCUGGAUCCAACUCCAACGGCCUGGUGCCUGUCAGCUGGAAGAGGCCCCAACUCUCUCAGAGGAGAACCAGAGAGAAGCUCAUGAACGUUCUUUCUCUGUGUGGUCCCGAGUCUGGCGUUCCCAAGAAUCCUUCUGUGGUGUUCUCAUCCAAUGAGGACCUGGACUCAGGUGAUCAGCAAACCAGUUUGAUCCCCACGGUGGAGGAGGUGGUGAGGGAGGAGGACCUGCAGGGAGAGGAUGCAGGAAGUGAGCAGCAGUUUGGAGUCUUCAAGGACUUUGAUUUCCUGGACGUGGAGCUGGAAGAUGCUGAGGGGGAGAGCAUGGACAACUUUAACUGGGGCGUGCGUCGCCGCUCCCUGGACAGCAUGGACAAGGGGGAGGGAGACGGGGACACGCCGUCCCUGCAGGAGUGCCAGUACACCGGGAGCACGCCCAGCCUCAACCUCACCAACCAGGAGGACACGGACGAGUCGUCUGAGGAGGAGGUACUGAGCGCUAGCCAGAUUCUCACCCGCUCUGGCCUCAUGAACAGUGACUCGGCUACGGACGAUGCCACGUCCAACCACGUGGACUCUCUGCAGCAAUCGCAGGAGUCGUCCAGCAGUGCCUUGACAGAGGAGACCACGGCCCUGCUGCCCCGCCAGGACAGCACUGCACUGGAGAUACCCCACUCUGACUCAAACAGCAGUCAGCUGCCUGAGGACGGGGUGAGCAUGACGGCAGCAGAUGAGCUGAGCAGCAGCGUGAGCACGGACACGGGGUUUGGCAGCAGCGCCCCCCCUCUGCCCCCUGAGCUGUGUGACCUCACCGACUCCCAGGACCCCCACGACGACCUGGACCCGGCCCCCCCUCUCCCACCGGCCAUAGACACCCCGCCGGGGUCCCUCUGUGAAGAGAGGGACUCCCUCACAGCCAUGCCCCAGCCCCCCGUCCUAGACAGCCCCUGUGGCUCUGUGUGUGAGGAGGACGUGACGCUGGCGCUGAAGGAGCUGGACGACCGCUGUGAGGAGGAGGAGGCUGACUUCUCCGACAUGUCCAGUUCAGACUUGCGUGUGGAGAAGCGGAACCUGGGGGGAGUGAGUCAACAACCAGAGUGUUGCUGGCAUCAAUAUCUCAGUCAGGAUGAGGGUGAUCAAGAUGGUUUCUCAGAGAUCCAGGCCUCUCCGCCCCCCUCGCCCUUCCUCUCCGCCAUCCUGGCAGCUUUCCAGCCCGUUGCCUAUGACGACGAGGAGGACGCCUGGCGUUGCCAUGUCAACCAGAUGUUGUCGGACACGGAUGGGUCCUCUGCUGUGUACACCUUCCACGUGUUCUCCCGACUAUUUAAGAGCAUGCAGAGGAAGUUUGGCUUCAUCACCCACUCGUCAGUGCGUUUCCUAGGAGAGCGGCUGCAGCGAAUGGGGAACCAGUUCCUCAGCUCCCUGGAGGUCAUGACCUCUCACUCACAGUGCCCCACGGUGCUGCUGGACGCUGAGACGUUGGUGUCAUGUGGACUGCUGGAGACUCUGAAGUUUAGUGUGCUGGAGUUGCAGGAGCACCUGGACACCUACAACGGCAAGAGAGAGGCGGCUGAGGAGUGGCUGGAGAACUGCAGGAAGACGUUUCGCGACAAAGACGGUAACCAACGACCCAACACUCAAGCCCAGCAAAUGGAAAAACUAGCAGAGCUGGAGCUGUGUCGCAGGCUCUAUAAACUGCACUUCCAGCUGCUGCUGCUCUUCCAGGCCUACUGCAAACUCAUCAGUCAUGUGGACACCAUCAAGAGAGAGGCAGAGGUGACCAACAUGUCAGAGGAGCUGGCCAUCCUUGAGAGCUGUUUGAAGCAGGUGGAGUCGGGGGUUGAUGGACAGGAGGAUGUGGGCGUGUCGGAUGCCUCCCAGACCAGUACGGAGACAGCCAUCCAAUCACUGAUUGAGACCCUGAGAGCCAGAGACUUCGGCUCUGCCCUCACACAGGUCAAAACCUUCAGGUCUCUGUGGCCUAACGACAUCUUUGGGAACGAGUCAGACGACGCGGUCCAGACUCUCCUGCACAUCUACUUCCGUCACCAGACGCUGGGCCAGACAGGCUGCCUGGCCGUGGUGGGGCCCAGCAGGGACCUGUCCCAGGCCAGCGGGCGCCUCAUGGAGCUCAACCUGCAGAUCAGAGAGGCUCUGAGCCAGGCCCAGGCCCCCCAGACCACAGUGGUCAGCACUGGACUGUGAGCCUUCAGGCCCAAAGACUGGACUGGACUAGUCUAGACUGGACUGCAGUAGACCUCUCCUGUACCACCCACAGCUUCCAUCUGCUCUGGAGGCUGGGGAGACAGGGACGUGUGUCAGGGGAGGACAGAAGAGACUCCACCUAAUAAGGGCUAAAGGAUGUGUGGGAAUAACUGUGACUCAUAUUAAUAUAUAUUACAUAUAUAAAAUACUUUAAAAGCUCGUAUCUGUUUUCCCAGAAUAAGCCACCUUGCCAAAUUCAGCUGCAAUAAGUCGGGGUAUUAUGUGACUGGUGAAGACUGGGCCAGGAGCGAGAAGUAGGAAGGCGACAAUGGGGAUGAUGAUGCUAAACUGGAAGCGUUUUGGCGGAAAUUACCUGAUGGGUCUCCCAUAUUGGCCAGUUGCCUCCUCAGCCCCUCUCAGGAGACUGGUUGGGGUUUGAGGUUCGGUCAGGGAGAUGUGGUGUUAUUCUUGUAGCAGAAGAGUUGGAGCAUGGGCUCCUUGGGAGUCGGUCCGGAAGGAAACCGGGUGGCUUUGUGAGAGGACAGGGCAGUCCUUGUCAAGAUUCAUAAACAAACACAAAAACAAAGAAAAAAAUAUAAUAGUUUUCAAAAGCAUGCUUGAAAGAGAGAAGCACUGCAAUAAUAUUUUUUGAGAAAUGUACUAUUUUUUAUUAGAGCUAACAUCCUAGGUUGUAAAUGUUAGGGUAUUUAACGUGUAAUUGUAACUCUAGGGGAGCUGUCUCCCCCCCCCUUAGGGACUGGAAAAAGAUAAAUGGAUCUGUUUAUUGACCUGCGUUGGAGACUAGCAUCAUCUUCAGCAGGUCUUCUAAUGAAACUCACUCUGUAACCAAAUAAGUAGCUACCUGUAGACUUUAGGCUGUGUGGUGUACAUUUAAUAUUCUUGUAUACACAAAUGCAUAUAAUUGCACAGAAGUGCAGACUGGCUACAACUCAUUAUGUAAACAUCUAACUUAUUUUACUCUGUAUAUAUUUUAGAAAAUGUAGUGUAAAACCAGUAUUUUCCCCUUGUACUUUUGUUGCACUGUUAAUCCGAAUAGGAUGUAUGAAGCUAAUGCGAGAAAGAUGGCUGAUAUUGAGUAACUAAUGACCCGCUCCACUAUUAUAAUCCUUUCACACGAACUUUAACAUUUCCCAAAGAUUGGCCUGCCUGGUGGGGAUUGUGGCUCAGAGUCAAUUUGAACUGGUUAAAGGCGCUAGCUAGCGUAGAUUCUGCUUCCUGUUGGACUGCCACAGCCCAACCAAGCCCAGUCCUAUGCAUUCCUUUUCUCCACUGUGAUCUCCAUGUUGGCCCUGUACCCCGGAACAGGCUCCUCUAAGAAGACUUAUGAGGGGAAACUGAGGCCUGUGUUUGUCCAUGUUGGCUGCGCACAGCUGCACUGAUGGUGUGCCACGGCCCUGUGUUCUGAGGGGAAACUGCUGCCAUUAAGGCUCUGCUUUUGCUUCUGAAAAGGCACUGCUUGCUGCGUGCCAAACAUGAACUUGAUGUCUGAAAGUGUUGCAGGAAACUUGUCAUGGCACAUUGUAAACGAUCACUGUACUCAUUCCUCAGAGAACUUGUCUGUUGCAUUUGAAUGCUGAUCUUAGUUAUUUAACAGAUAUUUACCUGAAAUUGUUUAUUGUAGGGAUGCAUUACCAAUAUACUUUUGUCAUCACAUACCAAGCCUUCUCUCUGGAUAAAUAAAAACUUGAUAUGAA